AUGUCAGAAGCUUUGCUCAAUGAAGCAAGAAUAGCCGUGAACAAUAAGGAUUACGAAAAAGCAGUGUCCAAAUAUGAGCAAAUCAUUGAAGAGGGAAAAAAGGAACAGAACACGGCUUCAACUUCAUCCAAAAGCCUACAGCUACAAGAACAUGCUAUUUUAGAAUUGGGUAAAGUGUUCAAAACAUUGGAUCAGCCUCUGCAACUUGCGAAAUUAAUCACUGACUCAAGAGAACUCAUGGGCAAAUUUGCAAAGUCAAAAACUGCUAAGAUUGUCAAGACAUUGAUUGAAGAUUUCGAUAAUUUGACAGAGGCAUUGGACACGCAAAUUGAAGUCACAAGACAGUCAAUUGACUGGGCAGUGGAGUCGAAACUCUCGUUUUUGAGGCAAAGUUUACAAUUGAAACUAAGCGAGCUCUUGUAUAAAAAACACCAGUACCAUGAAGCAUUGACAUACAUCAACAGUUUGCUUACAGAAUACAAGAAAUUGGACGAUAAGUCUUCUCUUGUCGAAGUGCAAUUGUUGGAGAGCAAGAUUUAUCAUGCAUUGAGAAAUAUCGCUAAAGCAAAAGCAGCAUUGACGAGUGCGAGGACUUCAGCAAACUCGAUAUAUUGUCCCACAUUACUUCAAGCUGAGUUGGAUUGCCAGAGUGGUAUAUUGAAUAUGGAAGAUAAGGACUACAAGACAGCAUUCUCAUAUUUUUACGAGAGUUUUGAAGGUUUCAACUCGCAGCUGCUGGAGGAAAGUUUAAAGACUUCGGGUAGAGUGUUGAAAUAUAUACUUUUGUCGAAGAUCAUGUUGAACUUGAUCGAUGAUGUCAACAGCAUUUUGAAGAACAAGAACGUGGUGCAAUAUCAGUCAAGGGAAAUAGAUGCAAUGAAAGCAAUUGCUGUGGCGUACUCCAAUAGAUCAUUGAAGGAGUUUGAACAUAGUUUAAUUGCAUAUAAGCAAGAGUUGACAAGUGAUGAAAUUGUAAAGAAUCAUUUCAACUCGUUAUACGACCAAUUACUACAAGUGAAUUUAUUAAAGAUUAUUGACUCUUAUGAAUGUGUGGAGUUGGAUCACAUUGCGAAAAUCGUGGGAAUCAAUGUGAAGCAAGUCGAAGGUAAAUUAUCACAAAUGAUCCUAGACAAGGUUUUUUAUGGAGUGUUGGAUCAAGGUAACGGGUGGCUUAUAGUGUACGAUGAGCCAAAGAAAGACAAGUCGUACGAGGCUGCUUUGGAGUUGGUUAAAAAUUUGUCUGGCGUAGUUGAUUUAUUAUAUGAAAAGGCAAGUGCAUUAAACUAA